AUGUCAGCAUGCACCGUUAAAAAGCUUGGUGCUAGCGCCAUCUGCGUAAGACGCGCUCUGUCUUUGCUUACCACACGCUCGGGGGCUCUGCGGACGAAUCACUGCGUUAAUGCCAGCUAUUCGGCCCCAUUUCCGCCGCGGACACAUACCUGCGGUUCCUUGACGUCAGAGGAUGCAGGGACACGCGUUGUCCUGACUGGCUGGAUACAGCCUGGACGCCACGUCAAAAACGUCCUUUUCGUUCCUCUCAGGGACUCGUACGGGACCACCCAAUUACUCAUCUCUCAAGAGGACUCGUCAGACGACGUCUUUGAGGGCUUACGCAAUAUAUCACCGGAAUCAAUUGUGCUCAUUGAAGGCCGAGUCCGAUUGAGGCCGGAGAAGUCACGGCGACCUGACCCGACCGGCCAGGUGGAGGUCCUCGUCGACAGAUAUAUUCUGCUGAAUGCCGCCAGCCAGAACCUCCCCUUCCUGCCCUCCGACACGAAGCAUCUGGCGAAUGACGAUCUUCGGGCCAAGUAUAGAUAUCUUGAUCUCCGACGACCCGCCUUGUCGAACAACCUGAAGAAAAGGAGCCGCGUCGCGCAUAUAGUGCGGAGCGUCCUCCUGGAGGAAGAUUUCACGGAAGUUGAGACGCCUAUUCUGCUCAAAUCGACACCGGAGGGUGCACGAGAGUUUCUCGUGCCCACUCGGAUAUUGACUUCAGGCGACGAUGGACAUGGACCACAGUUCUACGCUCUGACUCAGUCUCCUCAGCAACCGAAGCAAUUACUCAUAUGCUCCGGAGGAGUAGAUAAAUAUUUCCAGAUAGCCAAGUGCUUCAGGGACGAAGACGGACGGAAAGAUCGACAGCCGGAGUUUACUCAGAUUGAUCUGGAGAUGGCCUUUGUCUCUUGGGGCAGGGGAGAUCAAGACCCAGCCGACUCUUGGCGGAUAGGUGGCCAUGAAGUCCGGGAGGUUGUCGAGAAAAUGAUCAAGAGCAUAUGGCAAGAGGUUGAAGGAGUUACACUUCCAGACAGCUUUGCUGUUAUGACAUACCUCGAAGCUAUGUCUCGUUUCGGGUCCGAUAAACCAGACCUGAGAUUUGGUCUUGAGAUUGCAGACGUAACUCAUCUAUUACCCGAAUCACCUCGCGCAUCCCUAGAGAGCAGCGGUGAUGUUGUGGAAUGCAUCGUAGCUCGAGGCCCAGAUAAGUCACCCUUCUUGAACGCGGCACGUAAGCUCGAUUUCGAAAAUCGGCAGAACGCGAUCAUCGAACGCGUUCUGAUAAAGGAUGACAACCACUCAUCGUGGCUCUCCAAGAGCAAAAUCAUAAGCACUCUGCAAGAGGGGAUACUUGAUCAAGAUCCUCGCGUGAAUGACGAGCUCCGCACCAGCGUGGGCGAUGUUGUCUGGCUCUCGCGAAGACGCAGAGUGCCCGAGGGAGGUUCCACUACGCUGGGACGGAUUCGCCUUGCCAUUGCAGACCUAGCGAAGGAGCGAGGUGAAUAUACCCCGACUAGCGAUCCCCACUUCCUGUGGGUGACGGAAUUUCCGCUGUUCACCCGCGCGGACGAGGACAAGCAAUUCUUAGCUCACGGCCGCUGGAGUAGCUCUCACCAUCCAUUCACGGCUCCGAUGUGGCAAGAUAUCGGAGCGAUGUAUGAGGGCCGGAUUGAAUUUGUUCGCGGUCAGCACUAUGACCUGGUUCUGAACGGGGUCGAGAUCGGUGGCGGCUCAGUCAGAGUGCACGACCCUGCCAUGCAAGAGUACAUAUUCUCAAACAUCCUGCAGCUGGACGCGAGCGAACAAGCAUCGUUUGAUCACUUGCUGCAUGCGCUAAAGUGCGGCGCACCGCCGCACGGCGGGAUGGCUUUGGGCUUCGACAGGUUAAUGUCCAUUCUAUGCAAGACGCAAUCUAUUCGGGACGUUAUAGCGUUCCCGAAGACGGGAUCAGGGACGGAUAUGCUCUUUAAGAGCCCCGCACCCGUGCCCAAGGAAAUACUAUAUCAAUAUGGUAUCCAGCCUCGGUAA